ACCGCUCACACGUACAGUGUGUUUUCAAAGUCGACUAGCAGAUCUAGGUGAAAUCAUCCAAGUGCUUUGGAAAAUCUGCGAUAAACGUGCUAAAAAGUACUUGCAAGGUGCGUCGGCUUCAUUUUCAAGUCCAGCGGUGGCGCAGCGCGUGUUUACCUCAGGAUGAGUUUGGCAUUCUGGGCGGAGGAGAAGCUUCCAAAAACAUUAUCAAGACGAUGAUGAUGCUGGCGAUGAUGAUCAUAUAGAAAUAUCACGUGUGAAGAAACUGCAUGUUGGUUUAAAUACUCACAGUUAUAGCCUGCAGCUGGAAGGGAGGGGAGAGUAAAACUUCCAAGAGAAGCGUCAGUCUCUCAUUUUCUGGAUCAAGCAGGAGGGACGGAUCAUGGAGGGACCCCCUCAUGACAAGUACAGAGUCAUCUUUAAACAUUACACUCUCGAAAAGCUACACUUUAUGCAGACAUGCACUGUUAUUCCACGAAGUGCGUCCAGCGAACAAUGCUGAGCGAAUGACACUCUCAUGAAAGCUUGGCAACACUCUCUACCUCACCGGGAGAGGAACUGCUGUAGCGUGUCUUGUUCAUCAUCAUCUUCUUCAUCAUCCUCCUCAGCAGCAGCAGCAUCAUCAUCAUCAGCAGCAGCAUCAUCAUCAUCGUCAGCGCGAGCGGCACGCACUUCACUUGCUCCACAUCCUCGGGGCCACGAGAGCGCCAGGGCGCAAAGAUGAACAUCCAAGUCCUGCCCGAGCACAAACUGUCCUCGGUGGCCCCGCUGAAACAGUUUAACGUGGAGAAAAAGGAAGUGGAGCUGAUCCUGGUGAAGGAGCAGAAUGGGGUCCAGUACACGAACUCCUCGGUCGUGGCCUCCCCGAGCUCCCGCGCCUGCACCUCUGCCUCCGGUGAAGAAAUUGAGAGGGAGACCUGGGGCAAGAAAAUGGACUUUCUGCUCUCUGUCAUAGGCUUUGCUGUGGACCUGGCCAAUGUGUGGAGGUUCCCCUACUUGUGUUACAAAAACGGUGGAGGUGCCUUUUUGAUCCCAUAUGUUCUGUUCCUGUUUAUUGCUGGGAUGCCUCUGUUUUACAUGGAACUUGCUCUGGGUCAGUAUAACAGAGAGGGAGCAGCUACUCUUUGGAAAAUCUGUCCUGUAUUUAAAGGUGUUGGCUACACAGUGAUUGUCAUAGCACUCUAUGUUGGCUUUUACUACAAUGUUAUUAUAGCAUGGUCACUGUAUUACUUAUACGCUUCACUGACGAGUGAGCUGCCCUGGCUUCACUGUAACAACCCGUGGAACAGCCCCAACUGCACAGAGCCAAAGGACAUCAAUGGCACCGUCUUGGGUAAUGGAACAUCCUAUGCCAAGUACAAGAACACACCGGCCGCAGAGUUCUACGAGCGUGGAGUGCUGCAUAGUCAUGAGAGUAAAGGCAUUGGAGAUCUGGGUCUUCCUCGCUGGGAGCUCACCAUCUGCCUUGUUGUUGUCGCCUUCAUCCUCUACUUCAGCCUGUGGAAAGGAGUCAAAUCCUCUGGAAAGGUGGUGUAUAUUACAGCUACUAUGCCCUACAUAGUGUUGUUGGUGUUGCUGAUUCGAGGCAUCACUCUCCCUGGUGCAAUGAAUGGAAUCAGGGCAUAUCUUCACAUUGACCUAAAGAAGCUCAAUAACCCUCAAGUAUGGAUUGACGCAGCUACUCAGAUUUUCUUUUCUCUAGGAGCGGGGUUUGGAGUCCUCAUUGCCUUUUCCAGCUACAAUAAAUUUAACAAUAACUGCUACAGGGAUGCUAUCCUGACCAGCACAAUAAACUGCGUAACCAGUUUCUUCUCAGGGUUUGCCAUCUUCUCAGUACUGGGGUAUAUGGCUGAACAGCAUAAAGUCAAUAUAAAGGAUGUGGCCACUGAGGGAGCUGGACUCGUAUUUGUAAUCUACCCAGAAGCCAUCUCAACACUACCAGGAGCUACAUUCUUUGCUAUAGUCUUUUUCAUCAUGCUUCUGACCCUUGGAAUUGACAGCUCUAUGGGCGGUAUGGAGGCAGUACUCACUGGCCUUUCUGAUGACUUCAAAAUCCUAAAGAGAAACAGAAAGUUAUUUACAUUCGCUACAGUUGUGGGGACAUUCCUAAUGGCCCUUCUGUGCGUCACAAAUGGAGGGAUCUACGUGUUGACCUUAUUGGACAAGUACGCUGCAGGGACGUCCAUUCUGUUUGGCGUACUGUUUGAGGCCAUUGGAGUAUCUUGGUUCUAUGGCGUGGACAGAUUUAGUGAAGACAUUGAACGCAUGAUGGGCUUCAAACCAGGGAUCUACUGGAGGCUCUGCUGGAAGUUUGUCAGUCCAGCGUUCUUGCUGUUAGUGGUGAUCGCCAGCAUUGUUACCUCCGGACGACUGACAUAUGAUGAAUAUGUUUUCCCAUACUGGGCAGAUAUGCUGGGCUGGAGCAUAGCAUUGUCUUCUAUGCUGUUUGUACCAUUUUACGCCAUCUACAAAUUCUUUAGUGUGCCAAGCAGUUUUAAAGAGAGGUUAGCGUAUUGUGUUACUCCAGAACAUGAACAUCACUUGGUGGCGGAGGGCAAUGUCAGACAGUUCAAGCUCAAACAUUGGUUAACCAUCUGAUGAAGCAGUCAGGUGGGAAUGACCUCUCUAAUGCUACUUGAAUGCUGGAGAAGAUGUGGUGUGUGUGAAAGAGAAAGGUUUCAGCAAAGGUCUCAUGCCAUGUGAAAGUAUCCCCUGAGAAAAGGACAGAGCGAUGCGAUGGCUUUGUGCGUUUCCCAACCACACACUAUACUGUCCGGUCUGCUCCAUUUGUGUUCAGUGGUUGACUUGACUUUUUUAUAUUGUAAAGCAAAAUAAAUGUUACGCC